GCCAUAUUUGUUCUACCGUCACUGUUCGACGAUCGGUCGCUCCGUUCUAUUCUCUCCACCACCACUACCACCGCCUCCGUCACUACUACGACCCGCCCUUGUAGCGUUAUUGUGUUUCCGGGCCCCAUCUGCCGCCGUGUCACGCUGUAUCAUCGACGUUUUAUCAGAAAGGGAAAAAAAAAAGAAAAAAUCAACACCGCAGUACUGUACUACUACGUCUAGUCACCGCCGCCGCCGCUGUCGUUGCAAUUGCGCUUUAGCCCACAUCGCAUUUUUUGCAUUCCCAUACCUCGAUUUUCCGUGUGUUCGCGGCGCAAAUUCCACGAUUCGUGCCCGUUUUACGCCCAGCUACGACGCAAAACACAGUUGUAGCACGUAAGUAGCGCACGGGAAAAUCGACUGCGACCAACGUGCAAGACAAUAGUCGCGUUACGUAGUCUUCGUCAUCAUCGCGCCAGCAUUAGUGUAGUUGUUCGUCGUCGUUAUCACAUACGUCGAUCGCCGUCGAAUCGAAACGUACGCCCCUAAGUAGUAAAAGCAAUCUCAACCGAACACUACAAAAUGAGUCCGGAUUACGAUUAUUUGUUCAAGCUGCUACUGAUCGGUGAUUCGGGCGUUGGCAAAUCUUGCUUGUUGUUGCGAUUCGCCGACGACACGUAUACCGACUCGUAUAUAAGUACGAUCGGCGUGGAUUUCAAAAUCCGAACCAUCAAGCUGGAUAACAAGACUGUAAAACUACAAAUUUGGGAUACUGCUGGACAAGAACGCUUCCGUACUAUAACAUCUUCAUACUAUCGAGGAGCGCAUGGUAUCAUUGUAGUGUAUGAUUGUACCGAUAUGGAGACAUUCACUAAUCUGAAACAGUGGUUAGAAGAAAUAGCUAGGUAUGCAUGUGACAAUGUCAACAAAUUACUGGUGGGCAACAAGUGUGAUUUGCAUGACAAACGUGCUGUAGAUGAAGCAACGGCUAAGGAAUAUGCCGACCAUCUGAAAAUACCAUUCCUGGAAACAUCUGCAAAACAAGCAACAAAUGUAGAAUUGGCUUUUUUGACCAUGGCUGCAGAAAUAAAGAAUCGCAUUGGACCACAAGAUGGUCAAGGACCAGGAGGCUCAGCUGAUGGUGUUGGUAAAGUGACAAUUGAUUCAAAACCAUCGUCAGACGCUUCAGGUGGGUCAGGCGGUUGCUGUUAAUGAUAAGGCGGUGGCGUCGGAAACAUUGCAAAUUGCAUGUGGACAACUAUCGUCGCUGAUGAUGAAGAACCGAGCCACAGACAGAAAUAGAUGAUAUAUAAUAUAUAUACAACUACUAAUUAAAAACAAAAUUCAUUGCUGGGGUAUAAAGUUUUUGGAUCCAUAUUAUGUAAAUUACAAAAGGAGAAGAGUGCCAUUGGCGGCAUGCCUGCUGCCAGUUCACCCCUACCUUUUUCCGUCAGAUACUAUUUAUUACUCGAUUUUUUUUUUUUUUUUUAAUUGCGUUUAAUUUGUGUACA